GCUCUUCCGAUUGAUCCCUUGGAACCAGGACGACGACGAAGCACUCGAAGACCAGCGUUUCGACGAGGCAUUGCAAGCAGCCAGACAAACACUAGGCAGGCACGCUCCCCAUCCUCGGCAACCGCAGACGAUGUCCAGCAUGCCGCCGACUUGAUCAAACAAAAGCUGGUCCACGAGAAUAGCCGUCCAGACAAAGCCCUCCAUUUCACCAACCUCUAUUCGCGAUUGCUGAGCCAGCCUGUUCUCGAUCGCAAAUGGGCCAUCCUAUACUUUUUGUACCGACUCUCGGACUCGGAGGCUGAAGCAGCACCAGAUGCUGCUCUCUCGCCUACACCCCGCCCCCAACCUCCCUUGCGACAGCAGAGCAGUGACGCUCCAGCCUUCCAUGAUGCCUUCUCUCGCAAUGGUCUACCCAGAGUUCCCGAUCCCGACGACCCAGAGCCCGUGCGACUGCCACAAACUCGAGAAAGAAUGCCCCUACGCGCAUCAACACGAUCAGUAGAAGCGUCGCCGGAACCAACAAGCUCGGCAAACCCGCUGGAUGCGCCAACAGAGGCCCAGUUGCUUCGCGACUUGCCGUUUACACUACAAGGUCUCUCCUCGACCAACCUUGUAUUCUCCGACUCUUCGCUCAAACUCCCUUCAACAUUGCCUGUGCCAAUCAUAAGUUUGCUCCACACGCUUGCCGAACCUUCGCUGCUGUAUCGGAGUCUAUCAGCUUUUGUUGAGUCUUCAGAAGGUGGUCUGGUGGGUCAGAGUUUGCGCUCUGCGAUUGGUGUUGAGCUGAGAGCCUACCUCGGUCUGGUCGCUACGCUGGAAGCCCAAAUCAGAAGAGCCUUGACUCAGUUACAAGAAUCGCCUGGAAACUUGGGUCUGGGAAAGGCUGGUGUGACGCUGAAACGUUGUGUUAUAUGGACUCGCGAGGCGACCAUGGGCUUGAGGCUCAUGAGUAUGAUGGUCGAAGAAGCAAAAGAAAAGAAAGGAGGAGAGUUGAUAUCGCUUAUCCACUCGUACGCCUCAUCACAUGGCGACCCUUUCGUGUACACAUUUGCCGAAAGAUUAUUAAUCCAUGUUACCCGGCCAUUCUAUACUAUGCUUCAACACUGGAUCUACGAUGGCGAGCUCGAGGAUCCUUUCUUGGAGUUCUUCGUUUAUCAAAAUCGUGAUGCUGACCUGGAAUCUGACCCUCGCCGUGGUGGUGCGACGAGUGUCUGGGAAGACAAGUACCGUCUCAAGGACAGCAUGAUACCUACCAUCAUUACACAAGACUUCGCAAAGAAAGUCUAUCUGAUCGGUAAAUCACUCAACUUCAUUCGCUACGGCUGUGGUGACUCGGCUUGGGUUGAGAAUCAUAGCAAGAGCUCUAUGCGAGAGCUCCGUUAUGGCGAUACGGCCACGCUCGAAUCAUCGAUCGACUCUGCAUACAAGGGCACCAUGGCUCGCCUGAUCUAUCUCAUGGAAGACAAAUUCAAGUUAUUCGAACAUCUGGCAGCACUCAAAAAGUACCUCCUGUUGGGACAGGGUGACUUUGUUGCAUUGCUCAUGGAAUCGCUGGCAUCGAACCUCGAUAGACCAGCCAACAGUCAGUACCGACACACCCUGACUGCUCAGCUCGAACAUGCUAUCCGGAACAGCAAUGCUCAAUAUGACUCUCCUGAUGUGCUUCGCCGUUUGGAUGCUCGUAUGCUUGAGCUUUCUCACGGUGAGAUUGGCUGGGAUGUGUUUACACUUGAGUACAGGGUCGAUUCUCCUUUGGAUGUCAUCGUCACACCCUGGGCGUCAAAGCAAUACCUCAAAGUCUUCAACUUCUUGUGGCGUGUCAAGCGCGUCGAGUUUGCACUAGGGAGCACAUGGCGACGAACAAUGACCGGUGCUCGAGGCGUACUCGGCGCCGUCGGCGACAAAGUGGACGGCGACUGGAAGAAUGCCAGAGGUGGCAUCGCAGAAAUGAUCCACUUUGUCUCACAACUCCAACACUACAUUCUCUUCGAAGUCAUCGAAGCCGGCUGGGAAGGACUCCAAAAGGCCAUGCGCACACCAGACGCCACUCUCGACGACCUAAUCUCAGCCCAUGGAGCCUACCUUCGCAGCAUUACCCGCAAAGGCCUUUUAGCACCUUCAGGCUCUCAAGCCUCCUCGUCCACAGCACCAGACUUUACAGCUCAGCUACACGAACUGCUCAAGUUGAUGCUGGCCUACAAAGAUGCAGUCGAUAGUCUAUACUCAUAUUCUGUCGCCGAAUUCACACGCCGUCAAGACCUCGCCGCCAAAAUCGAGACACGCACGGCAGCAGGCACCUGGGGCGUCACCGAAAAAGACGACAACGAAUUUGGAUCUUCACACAUGAGUGGCCCCAACACCAAAAAUCGCAACUCUCGCCGCCCCAAUGACCGCGAUACCGAAUCCCCUAUCCCGCCUUUGUUGCCUNUUUCCUCUGCGACCGGCAAUGCGGCUGCAGAUGAAGCUGCCAUCCUGUCCUCUUUGCGUUCGCGGUUGAGUUCGCUGGCGACGGAUUUCAGGGUUAGGGUCAAUAUUCUUCUUGGAGAUUUGGCGUAUCAGCCGGAUGUGGAUAUGAGGUUCCUUGGUGUGGUUAUGAAUUUUAACGAUGUGUAUGCGCCGGUGAGGAGGGGGCAUGGGAGGAGGAAGCAGACGGGUGCUAGAGAGGCGCCAGAUGGUGAGAAAGAGAGAGUUAAAGGAAAAGAGAGGGAAAGAGUCAAGAGAAGCAGGGAUGAGGNNGGGGAAGCUAAUGGGGGUGCGAGCAAGGAGGGU